CAGGACUCUGCAGGACUUGAUCAGUUGUAUCUGGACUGAGCGGAGGACACGAUGCUGCUCCGACAAAUCUAAAGGAAGAAGAGAAAAACACAAACAGAUGGUCCUGAACUUCUUCUGACUCCAGACUCCUCGCUCGUUGGUUUAACCCGGACCAGUUCUGGGUCUCCUGCUGGUUUUGAAGCAUCGACCUGAUCAGGGCGUCCCAACAAGGUCCAGGAUGGUCCCAGCAGUGGAUCCAGGUUCAAACAAGUCCUGGAUGAUGUUCCUCCUGCUGUUUCUCUGCUGCUUCCUGUUUGUCUCUCCUGUCGGUUGCCAUAGUAACGCCACAUCCCGGCCUCAUCCGUCGGCCCUGAAGGUGUCAGACCCCAGCGCUGACCCGCCUCCUCCGCCCGAGGCGGCCCGCCCWGACCCCCGCCUCUCCCAGGAGACCGUCCACGAGUCCCGGGUCUCUUUGGAGUCAGAACCGGAGAAGACGAGGACCGUGAGCAAACUGAAACACAAACACGAGCGGAAAACCUCCUCUUCCUCCAGCAACUCCUCUCAGAGGAUCAUGAURGCUCCCCCGCCGUGCCUGAACAUCAUGUCCAUCCAAACCGCCUUCAAGUACAUCAACACGGUUCUGUCCUGCCUGAUCUUCACYGUGGGSAUCAUCGGGAACGCCACCCUGCUGAGGAUCAUCUGUCAAAAUAAAAGCAUGAGGAACGGACCCAACGCCCUGAUCGCCAGCCUGGCCCUGGGAGACCUGAUCUACAUCCUCAUAGACCUGCCAAUCAACGUCUACAAGGUACCGAGCMGUGGUGUCCUGGUCCCGGAUCCAGGGCACUGGUGUUCCCACGGUAACGGCUGUGGAGAUCGUGGUGAUCUGGCUGCUCUCCAUCGUUCUGGCCGUGCCGGAGGCCGUCGGCUUCACCCUGGUUCCCAGUGUGCACAACAACCUGACCCUGAAGACCUGCAUGCUGCGGCCCAGGACCCCCUUCAUGACUUUCUACCGGGACGUGAAGGACUGGUGGCUGUUUGGGUUUUAUUUCUGCGUGCCGCUGCUCUGUUCAGCUGUUUUCUACGGCCUGAUGACCUGUGAGAUGCUCCGACACCAGAGAGGCAGCCUGAAGSUGUGUCUGAGCGAACACCUCAAACAGCGUAGAGAAGUAGCCAAAGCGGUCUUCUGCCUGGUGGUGAUCUUCGCUCUCUGCUGGUUCCCGCUCCACCUGAGUCGCCUGCUGAAAAGGACCGUCUACAAACCUCACGACGUUCACCGCUGCGAGCUCCUGAACUUCCUGUUGGUGCUCGAUUACUUCAGCAUCAACAUGGCCACCAUCAACUCCUGCAUCAAUCCCAUCAUCCUCUUCUUCAUCUCCAAGAAGUUCAAGAACUGCUUCAAG